AGCUCGAGAAUUCUUCUAUAAAUAUGUUUCGUAGUUCCUGGAUAAAAUUAUAAAACGAGAGUAGCUCUCUUGGUUUAAACUUGUGUAUAGAAGCUACCAUAUGUAUUGUGAGCUCGAGAUAUUUGUUGCGUUGAAAGGCGGAUUGAAUUAUGAAAAGUGCACCGAAAGUUUUAAAGCUGCUCGAAACACAGAACUUGUGUUAAUGCUGCUUACAACCCGGUGAAAUUCCCCUUCUGCCCCCGCAACAUCCUUUAAAACUUUCGCGGCGGUAAGGUGUAGUGUAAGGCUGAGAUGUGAGUGUAUAGCCUUAAACCCCUUCUACAAACACCAAAUGCCAUCCGACCGGGAGACUGCGAAGAUUUCUGGCGCCCCGACACGUACAACUACUUUGAAUACGUUGUAAACGUUUGUGUAAUGAUUUGACGUACCGAAGUUGUACGUCAACUAACAUCCAAUCUACUUUAGAGCGGCACUUGUGGAGGAAACUGCUCGAAAAUGAGCCUGGAUUUAACCACAUACAAUAAGUCCGCUCAAAUUGAAUUACGGCUGAAGCAGCUGGCAGAAAAGCGCGCAUUACAGCAGCGCGAGAUAGAGGCCCAGAGGCGAAUGUUUGCGCUUGAGCGAAAAGCCGUCCAGGAGAAAUACGCCUUGCUGGAGAAACAAUUGAUAGAAAAGAGAAGUAAUGACAAAAAUCGGUGCCAAAUGAGCCGCCGACCGGGUCAACGGAAGAGAAUUCGAUCGGCAAUCGAUUGUGAGAUAGCUGUGAGAAAUACAUCCCCGACGAUAAAUAGUUGUGCUACGCUUGCUCAACAGAUUCGGCACCAAUCAGGAGCACGUGCCGAAGACUGUGGUAGUCUCCUUCGACAGGAAUCUGAGGAAAUAUUAUCAAUGAUUUGUAAGCCUGCCGAGCAGCAAAAAUCGGUAGCCACUCGGAACAACAUUGACCCACUACGAUAUUAUAGUAAUCAGCAGCAGAGCAUCAGCGCGAUUACCAAAUCAGAUCUAUGCAUUGAAAAUAGAGAAACGAGCAUGAGAGCGAUAGAUGAGAAUGAGAAUAUGGUACUCUCUGUGGUCUCAGACGUAAAAACUCUAACGUUAGAGCAAGUUCAGUUAUGCUCUUUCAAAAAUCUCUCCUCAUCCUUCGGAGAGAACACGACUCCUCAUACUCGAACAGAUGCUACAAUCGAUGUCGAUAGGGUGCGGCGAGAUAAGUUGUUUGCUCUAAAUACACAAAGAGUACGCGAUGAGUAUGGAUGCUCAUGGGGUCAUCCAUGGCAGCAAAAGCAAUGCAACAUUGCAAGCGACUUUAGACAACAACGUACUCGAGCAUUGGUGAGAGUAGAACACAUCCACGUAUCACUGAACUUGAUUUGCACACCAAGACGAGAAAUGCCUUUCGUUGUGCUUGUUGUGCGUUUAUUACAAUGGAUUUUAGAGUCUCAUACAGUCACUCUAACAGACGAAUAUCUUCGGUUGGAUAUGUCAACGUUCGGUUUCAGACUGAAAACGAACACAUUGAAGCAGCUCAUAUAUUAUUGUACGAUACAAGUCGGAAUGUUCGGGAAGCAGUUGAAGCCGAAGUUGAGUUCCGUGACUAGUCAGUGCGACGAGGUGCCUGCUUCGAAAGAGAUCAUCGCGGUGAUGCUUCGUAACAUGAAGGAAAAUGCGGAACCAUAUCUGGAUAAGAAUGACGUCAAAAUUGUCGUUAUUUCUCCUGACAGCUAUAAUGAUGUCCGGUUUCAGGCCUUAAAGUAUGAUGCAGUAAGCACCAGCAGGACGGAAGGUUAUUUAAGUGCAACUCGAAGCCGUGCGAAGCAUGUAAAAUCGAAUAUUUAUUCGCUCCACUCGGCUACGAGACUGUUUCCGAAGGUCAUAGAACUUGUCGAGCUCCAUGGAAUUGUUCUGUGCAGAAGUUCUAGUCGCCAUCUGCUGCUUCAGCAUCAAGCAAACCAACUCUGUGGCGAAAAGGCAUCAUCUCCUGGUUUCAACUGGGAUGAAGCUAUUGGUUAUGGUGCUUCCAGCGACCAGAAGCACAGUAUCAUUUGGGUCUAUAAAAACGAAAUUUUGAUGCCCAUGAUCAACUGGCUCGAAAGUCUUUAUCGUUCCAUCAUCUUAUCGGCACCACCACACAGAGAUUUGGAACCAAUGGUAACUGAUGAUUUGGAUAACAACGUCACCAAGAUGUUGGCUGCGACGACUCACUUAAACAACACCACGGUCGACUUUCAAAUCAAGUCGUACGUGUACGAGUGCCGCCCAGACGGCCUGCAAAUCAUCCACCUGGGCCGCGCCUGUGAAAAGCUGCUGCUCGCGGUCCGUUGCAUCGCCAGCAUCGACUGUCUUGGAGAGGUGUUUCCCAUCUCAACCCACUCAUACGGACAGCGUAACCACUACACCGAGAAGAUCCCGACGGCCGGUAGUUUCACGCCCGGUGCCUUUAUCAAACAGAUCCAGCCGACCUUCCGUGAGAUGCGUCUGUUGAUCAUCAUCGACCCCCAGCUCGUCACAGAAGCCUCGUACGUCAGCACUUCGGCCAUUGUAUUCUGCAACACUGAGUUGCCGGUCAAGUUCGCCGACAUUGCCAUUCCGUCCAACAACAAGUCGCCGUACCUCUUCGGUCCGAUGUGCCUGUUGGACCACAAGGUGUUACGUCUGCGUGGCAAGAUAACCCACGACAAGUGGGAAGUCAAGCCCAAUCCGGAGGAUUCCGAGAAGGAACAGGCCCUGGAAGCUGCCCUGGCCGCCAAUGACCUCUACCCGGAGGAACCGAUCGUGGUCGAUGAGACCAACUUUGCCGGCGAUGAUGCUGCUCUACCAGCAUCGACAUCUGCUGCUGCCCCAGUGAUGCAGACCGAUUACUGGAACGAUGAUGCGACGCAGACCUCUGGAUCAUGGGAAGGCGGCGGUAACUUCUAGUAGUGGGGCAACCAGUACGUGAAGCAAUUCACCAUCAUUGUUAGAACCUGAAUGUAGAUCCGGGCUUCAUGAGAUCGUCAGUGAAGAGGAUUAGACGGCGAAAGCUGCACGGACGAUGCAUUACAGGCGUAGUAUUUGGGAGACUGUUGUGUGAAGGUAUUGCUGAUGAUUAGGAUAUUUGGUUCAAGUAAAACUGGACUCUGAUGGCCAGUGUUACGGGGGGGAGAAUGUUACCGCUGGCCACGCUGCCAGUCGGUACGUUAAGAGAGAGUUUUUAGACAAGCGAAAAAAACCUAGAGAAGACGCUGAUCAGUUGCAAUUGCUAUGCGGACAAUUCAGGCAGGCAGCUCGAGGUAGUUCAAAACAGUACAUAUUGUUGAACUCUAAAUACUUAUCAAAUUUAUUAAUCUAGAAUUCUUCUAUAAAUAUGUUUCGUAGUUCCUGGAUAAAAUUAUAAAACGAGAGUAGCUCUCUUGGUUUAAACUUGUGUAUAGAAGCUACCAUGUGAGGAUAAAGAUUCUUAGAAGUUUGGCCAAAUAAUAACUAGUUCAUAUUGCAGAUGUAUUGUGAGCUCGAGAUAUUUGUUGCGUUGAAAGGCGGAUUGAAUUAUGAAAAGUGCACCGAAAGUGUAAGAAUUGUUAUUCGGUUAAUAUUUUCCCUAGUUAUUUAAUAAAGCUCUACUUGCAGUUUAAAGCUGCUCGAAACACAGAACUUGUGUUAAUGCUGCUUACAACCCGGUGAAAUUCCCCUUCUGCCCCCGCAACAC